GUGAGGCGGCUCACCUACCCUGCUUUCUGCAUUCUUCUCUGCACAUCCCUCUCUGUACUUACAGCCCCCAAUGGCCCCCAAAAAGCCAGAGCCCAAGAAGGAUGAUGCCAAAGCAGCCCCCAAGGCAGCUCCAGCUCCCGCACCUCCCCCUGAGCCUGAGCGCCCUAAGGAGGUCGAGUUUGAUGCUUCCAAGAUCAAGAUCGAGUUCACACCUGAGCAGAUUGAAGAGUUCAAGGAAGCCUUCAUGCUGUUUGACCGCACACCCAAGUGUGAGAUGAAGAUCACCUAUGGGCAGUGUGGGGAUGUCCUGCGGGCGCUGGGCCAGAACCCCACGCAGGCAGAAGUGCUCCGUGUCCUGGGGAAGCCAAGACAGGAAGAGCUCAAUACCAAGAUGAUGGACUUUGAAACUUUCCUGCCUAUGCUCCAGCACAUUUCCAAGAACAAGGACACGGGUACCUAUGAGGACUUCGUGGAAGGGCUGCGGGUCUUCGACAAGGAGGGCAAUGGCACUGUCAUGGGUGCUGAGCUUCGCCACGUGCUGGCCACGCUGGGUGAGAGGCUGACAGAAGACGAAGUGGAGAAGUUGAUGGCUGGGCAAGAGGACUCCAAUGGCUGCAUCAACUAUGAAGCAUUUGUGAAGCACAUCAUGUCCAGCUAAACCUCGUGCCCAGGAAGCCCAGGGAAGGCUGUGCAGGGACGUCUCACCUCCCAUGUGUGAUGCUGACACCAGCGGCCUGGAGUCGUGGGAAGGAGGGGAGCCUUACCAAGACUCCUGCAAAAACCCUUGGACCUCUCCACGUGGUUGCCAUCUCUGGCCCCUCUCAGGCUGUGCUUACCUGUGACAGCAGCUCUGUCCCCACCCCAUGGGCCUCAUGAAUAAAUGGCUUCUUGCUGGC